GCUGGGGGUGCGCCGUGCCCGCUCGCUUGUGGGCUUAGUCUGGUUCUGUCCGCAGUGCGCCGACUGCCCCCUGACGGCGAGCAGGAGGCGGCGGUUGCUUUGCUCCGGAGGCCCCGUGAUCCCAGGCCUCCGGCCUCCCCUGGGCGACGUGGUGUCCCGCGACCCCGGCGACUUCACGGGGCUGCCGUGGGGGAACUCGGCCCUCCCGAGCAUCGCGCUGGCCUUCCGCGGCGCCCGCAGCACCGCCGAGGGCCUGGCGACGACACAGAGUGUUGGGCCGGCCAGCGGCAACCUAACGGCGCCGGGCACCAAAGCUCGGGUGUCUCGAAGUUACCAGACGCCCCGGAGUAGUCCGGUGUCUCGUGGUGGCCGCAGAACUCUUAGCAUGGAAGCGACCCGAUCCAACUGGACCACCCGCGGUACAGUGGCGUCCAAAGACAUUUUUCCGGUGAGGGGCACUAAAGCCCCGACAUCUCAAAGCAGCACGAAGUCUCGCGACACCCCGGCGCCCCGCACCGUUCGCAACACGAAGGGACAGGUGCCCCGAGGCAGCCCAAAAGCACGGAGUCCACGGAGUACUCCGGCGUCCUUCGACGUCCUCGGCACCCUCGGCACACAAGCGUCCUUUGGCAACCUGACGACGCGCGACAGCCAGGCGUCUACGGGUACUCCAGCGUACCUUGCUGUCCUGGCGUCCCGCAAUACCCCUAAAACCGAGACGCCUUCUGGCAACCGCCCGUCUCGAGGUACUGAGGUGUCCAGUGGCAAUCUGACGACACUGAGCACUGAGGCACCCCGGGAAACGCGGGCCACGGAUAGCUCCUCGGCAUCCCCGGGUUUGCUGCAGGGGCGCUCGGGUCUCCUUGACUUCCUCCUGGGCCACCGGGGCCACAGGGCGCACCGGGGCCACCGGAAGAAGCUAGGCCACGGGGACCGCCCGAGCCUCCUGGGACCCCUGCCGCUGCUGCCGGCCAGCACGGAGCGCCCGGGGCGCCGCCGCCCGCCCUGGCUGCAGCUGCUGUGCAGUGCCGGGGAGCCCACCUGGCUGCGGGUUAGCUCCCUCUUGUCUCAGUACCUGCCCGACAUAAACGCCAGGAUAAGGUCUAGACUGUUCCCCACGGGCAUUGACAACUACAGGAACCCCGACUUCCAGAAGCUCGUCAACGCCAUCCCCAAGAUCGUUGCUGAGGACUCCGAGAAGGUUGAGGUUAACGCCGACCUCUUGGCCUGGGUUGUCCCCUACCUGGAGGCGUCCGGCUACUACACCUACGACGGCUCCCUCACCACCUCCCCCUACUCCGAGAACGUCCUGUGGAUCGUGUACGAGAACCCCAUCCCCAUCGGCAAGGCUCAGAUCGCUCCCUUCAGGGCUAUUGAGAACCACGAGAGCGAGCAGUUGACCACCAACUUCCGCCAGCUCCAGAACGCCGACGGUGUCGAGGUGAGGUACGUCGCGUAAUUCUACGCACGCGCUCCCGAAACCGUACCUGAUCGACAAUAAAUCGACUUGUUAUUCUUUUAAAAAAACAACAA